CCACUCAUUAUUAUUGUCACUUUGGCAAAGUAUCGCACUGUAGUUUCUCGAGUUCAUUGCGCGUUGUUUUGGAUUUAGUUUUUUUCCUUUCAUGUCACCUGAGACAGGUAACUAUCUGAUGCUGCGUGAAUACUGGGAGCUUCUGUCUUUGUCGUCCCCGCGUGGACUGGCGUAUUGGAAACUUGUACUGGACACAAUUCAUCCACGUAGAAUUUUCAGAUUGUGAGAAUAAGCAGUUAGUAGUUCAAUAGUAGCAGUUAGCAGUUCAAUGGUUCCGUUGGUGAGGAGAAAUGAAGCAUCCCGGUGCCAAGAUGGUGAUAGUUAAAGCUUUCUCCAGUAGAACUCGUAUAUCUUUCUCCUUAGCUUUGUUAGUUUGCUUGGCACUGUUAUCAGUAGUACCUAGCUGUGGAAAUGCUGCAACUAAGAAAGCUUCUCAGCAGAAAUUAGGAAUUAAAAAUGACGAUGGCAGUGCCGAACAAGUUCUCGUGGCUGUUACCGCUCCGUCGAGGUCCACUGGUUCUGCAGAUGGGCUGGAAAGGAGUACAUCAAAGAAACCUGCCAAGAAAUCCACUGGUAGUGCAUCGGCAUCUCAGCGGGCUGAUUCAGAUAAAGUCUCGUCUGCACGUAAAAAGAAGAAAAAGAAAAAGACACCAUCCGAUACUAGCACUCCAUCGCCUGUAAAAGAAGGUAUAUUAGUCCAGCUCCAGCCGAAUGGACACGAUUUUGGCGAGCGGAGUGUAGGGGCAUUGCAAUUGGUGACUGUAACUGUCAUCAAUCUCGACGCCAAGACCAGUCUGAACAUGAACUCACUGGCGGGCGCGUCGCAGCAUUUUUACGCGUCGUCAUUUGAAAGCAAGGUGGUUGCCGCCAAGAAUAGAACGACGUUCAGAAUAGCAUUUCUGCCGCGAGCCAUUGGGAGGCUGGAGGCGAAUUUUACUCUUCGGACGUCUCUAGGAGAUAUAGGCUACUCGGUGUUAGGCACUGGUGUGGAGAGUCCGUACCAGCUGCGGCCAUUUGUUGGCAUCCGUGUGCCUGUCAACAUCACCUAUCAGCCUCUGAUUAGCGUGCACAACCCGUAUAGCACGGCAUUACAGGUGAUUGAAAUAUACACAAGUGGAGGGGAUUUGCACUUGGAGCUCCCCAGCAACAAGCACAGCCCCACCAGUCAAUCCUGGGAGGUGGGCGCUUACGAGACAAAGAACGUGAUGCGAGCGCACUACGUUAGCUCGGAGGCGCGCAACUUCACCGGGUACAUUCGCCUUCACCUGAAGCAUCCGCACUCGCGCAACGAAACCAUCGUGCUGCCCGUCGAGGUGGAAGUCACGAAUGCAACCGGUCUCUUCUGCACUGUGGAAACACUCGACUUUGGCACCGUGCGAAACCUGGAUGAGCCACGCAAUCUGACAUUGUCCCUGCUCAACUCUGGGCCUAAUCCUGUGAAAGUCACGAGUAUCAUCGCAACUCCUCACCUUCCUGCACUGACUGUUGGUUUCACACCGGUCAUACUCAAGUCCAGACGUCGCUACUCCAAAGUUGCCAGCAUCGUCUUUUCAGGUUCCCAUUGUGAAAAAUGUGGACACGUACGUGGGACAGUGGAGGUGAUGGCCAUGGACGGUGAUAACUCCGUUGUUUUGUCCAUCCCGUAUCAUGCCCGUGUGCUGGAUGGAACGCUGCAGUACACGAUGUCGCACACGUCGUUUCACAUCACCGGUCCGCCCUUCUACCCUGUCGUGCACUCGUUCCCGCUGACGAACACGUUCAAUCAGACCAUCGUCAUUCUCAGUGCCAACUUUCCACCAGAAGUGCGCGGUCUGCUGUCGAUCAUAGAUUUCAAAUCACCAGUUGUCAUACAACCGCGUCAAACCAUGACGCCGUUCUCUGUAUACUUUCUGUCGAACUCGUCGGAGAUGUCGCUCACGACCGCGAUGCGUGUCGUCACCAAUGCCUCCACCUUUUCCGUGCCGUUCCAGUGUUACAAUGGACGAUUGAAGAUUGUUCAGGAUAAAAAUGGUAACACCAAUGUAUCGUUUGGAAUCAUUGGCACCGAGGAAUCACACUCAAAGACAUUCAAAGUGGCGAAUCAUAACCCGGUGGAGGUCAUGAUCAAGAAGAUUGCCGUGUCCAUCAAGCGCACUAAAGUCAAGCUGGUUUCACUGCGCUCGUUGAAGUCCGGUGCACUCCGUCGCAUAGCACUAGCUUCUCAAUCGGUUGCUAUUCCUGGCCAGCAUGAGGCGACGUUUGCUGUGGAGCUGAAGGCGCCGCUGAAGGAAGGUCACACGGAGUGUAACAUCACCAUCAAGACACAACUACAGACGCUGCGUGUUCCACUCUCCUAUCAAGCCGUGCAGGGCGGUUUCCGUGCCAUGCCGCCCAGCCUGGUCAUCCCGUCCACCUUUCCUGGCGUUGUAAGCAGUUUACCGCUGAAGAUGCGCAGCUUGUUCAAGCAAGACCUAACGGUGCUGUCCGUCAAACCGGAGACUGAUGACCCGCGCUUCCAGUUUGAGCUGGCCCCGGGCCACAUCGUGCUCAAUGACAAGAAAGCCUUGGUUGGGACAGUUCAUUUUGAUCCGUUGUUGGACGGUACAGUUCAGCAGUACGUGGGAAUCGGAGCCAAAGGCACCACAAGCCGACUGGUGUGGCUUCAGAACAUCCUGAAGGACACCUUCCAUCCCAGCGAGGACAUGCAGGACUACGAGGUCAUGCGUGACAAGUGGGCCUCCAUGCAAGAGGCUGGCCGCUCUCUGACCAGUCCGAAUGCCACCUUUUUACUGACUACUGACCUGGUGGAGAAUUAUCGCUUGACGUUCCAGGCCAGUAUGACAUGGCCGUCGAUUUCGCAGGACACCACACUGGAGCUGCCGCUUACUCAUGUUGGAAAGGAGUCGGUUGCCGAGUUCCGCGUCUUCAACCCGUCCAACACACGGCUAGUUGUACAGGUGAUCAUGCUGCAUGACUACCCUGAGCCGCAGCGCAUUCUGGACGUACUAAGCGACAGACUCGAUACUGACACUGUUGAUCUGGAAGGCUCUCGAAAUGCUUUCCACUUGAUGGAAGCCCGGCCUGAGCCAACCAUCGGCCCGCCGUACACCGUCAUACUUGUGCUUCAGGCCAACGACAGUAGCCUGGUGAAGAUUGGGUUCAGGCCCAAUGCAGAGAAGCAGUUUACUUCUAUGGUCUUGCUGAAGAACAAUUUGACUGUGAUGGAUGCGGUUCAGUUGACUGGGCAAGGAAUUACCGGCUCGCUAACUGUGAACGGCAAUCCUUGUAACAGCCCAUCACCAAUUGUCUUUGCCAUGUCUACCUCUUUGGCUGAGCAGUGUACAAGAGUGACACGGCCCCUGCAGCUACAGCGCACUGUUGUUGCCCAUAACAACGGCUUGCUCCCACUGCUGAUCGUGGGCAUGUACGUCAACGACAUGGAGUGCGAGGGCUAUGGUUUCACCGUCAACAACUGCCGCCGCUUCUUACUAAAGCCCAAUGCGACGAGAACACUGAAGAUAACGUUUACCCCUGACUUCAGCAUGGCGCGCGUCUCCAGGAAGCUUCGCUUUGACGUGCGCGAGAUCGGCUUCCUGGACGUGAACCUGGUGGGCACGAUUCCGCGCGACCUGCUGCCGCUGUGCCUGCAGGCGAUGCCGCGGCCCUGGUGGGAGGCCUCGUUCACGUCGUUUCUCUUCUGCGUGGCGCUCGCCUCGUCCUUGUGCAUCACCUGGUUGGCCAUCAGCCACUCCAACCAAGCCUGCGAUCAGCUGAACCGCACGCCGUCCGACCUGCAGCCGCGCUUCGACCUGCGCAAGAACGUCAUAUCGCGCACAAAGCCCGGCAGUAGCCGUGAUAAUGAUGACGACCGGAACAACAGUCCUCGACCACCGCCUACAGGAUCAAGUAAGGUACCAGUAGACGCGGAGAGCGGUGGUUCUGUGCAAUUACCGAGCACAGAGCUACCCAAGGAGGCAGCCCGUGAGCCCAUUGUCUCUAAGAAAGUAACAGCAGUGAGCGCCACGGCCAGCAAGCCUGCGAAGGGGAGUCCGAAAACUGCCCAUCGCAAGACUCCCGCAACACCAGCCGUGCUGUCCCCCAUGGCCAAGCCAGAAUCCACGGUGGAACCCCUCGUGCAGGCGUUGGCCCAGACCAAUGCAAUGACCACUGCGCCCAGCAAGCUAUCGUCAGCUGCAGCGGCAUUGUCAACUAAUCAUACCGCUCGUAGCUCGUCCGCCAUUUCAUCUUCAAACGGCACCAGUACAACAAGCACAUCUGCAUCGGUCUCUAGCAGUAGGAGUAGUAGCAGUAGCAGCAGCUUAUCACCAGCAGCGACGAGUAUUGGUGCCAGCCAUACCUUACCCUCGCCUACAUCCAGUACAAGUGGCCCAUCGUCCAAUGCUAGCCACGCCGAGUCAAGUUCAUCCGGUGCACGGGCAUCGGCAGCAGCGGAAGCAGCGGUAACUGCCAGCAAGAAGACGGCAGGCAAGGGACUGAAAAAGACCGCAUCUCAGACACGCUACUCACCCUCUCCCACUGAGUCCAAACCACGGCUGAUCAAGCAGACGUCAUCAGAGUCGCUCUCGUCCAAUGAUGCUCCAGUGGUCUCGAGUCCAAGUGUCGAACGAAGUGCUAGCGCCGCCACUGCCGCCAGUGACAAGAAGGCGUCCAAGAAGACCAAGGCAAUGCUGCGUGAAGAGAAGCGAGAGCAGAAGCGAAAGCUGGACCGUGAGCGAUUGCAAGCCCUGCAGCAUAGCAUGCCCAGUGGCGGCAGCUGCGCCACGACUGUAGGCAUCAGCACUGCUAGUAGUGCUGCCAGCUCACAAGCCGUAGAUAACCUAGACCUACUGCUGUCCUCGGUGGAUCGUGACAGCAGCGUCAAGGCCGGAAAGCAGACGAAGUCGUCACUGAUUGCAGUUGUCAAGCCGGGUAUGUCCAGGGCGACAGCACCACCAGAAGUCAAGGACGUACCGCUGAAGAAGGAGAACACGCGCUCCGGUACCAGCGGCAUGGCGGGCCUAGCUCCGUCCGUGUCCAUGGCGGCUGCGAAUAUGAAAACCGGAAGUCCCCUGCUGCCACACCGGCCCGUGAAUCUGUUCAAGCCCGGCAGCACGGUUAGCAGCAAUCCCACCAGCUCAUCAUCCACAUCGCCUGUCAGUGCAGGGCCCGCUGUCAAGCCACCCACGUCACCGCACAUGCUGGCUUCGGCAAUCGCCUCGCAGGUCGGCCUUGUCGACGGUGACAAAUCUAGCAGCAGAGCAAGCAGUAGGGCGUCGUCGGCCGGGCCUUCAAGAGGGCAUGCGAAGGACGCAUCCAACAGAUUAACAGGACCGAUCCUACAGCAAGAUUCGAAGAAACCGUCUCCUCCUCCCGGCAGAUCAUCGUCUGAGGUGUUCCGCCGCUACAAGGACAAUCCGUCGGUGCAGCCCGAGGAGUUCCGGCCCCGCGCUCCUGUGGCUGGCGGAGGGCCUGCCAUCUCGUUGUCGCCGUCCACCUUUGCACGCGCCGGUCACACCACCAACACUGGCAAGUCACCCUCCGCUUCGGCAGCAGCUGCAUCCGGCUCACCGGCCUCUGGCAACGGUGUUUGGUCGCAGGGAUUGAUAGCAACACGCUUACAGCCAGCGUCAUCAUCAGGCUCGACCGCGUCCUCUUCGAUGUCCGGGUCACCAACGUCAAUGGCAUUCAGCCGACGCGCGUCAUCUCCCAUUUUGACCAAUGCUGAUCUUGUUUCAGGUCUUCUGGCACAUCCAGGAGCAGCAGCAGCCACUGGUGCUGGCUUGCCCAGUGUCUACUCGCACGCCAGUAUUGAGCAGCUUGCCAUGCAGGGUGUCGCAGCAGCCAGUCGUAACAACAACGCCAGCGGCAGCAGCAAUAGUGCUGCCGGACGUUCACCACAGCGCCACAUCUCACCGUCACCGUCGACCAACGACCUGUUCAUACCCGAUCUUCUCGCUGCCGGCACUCCCAUCGAUCAGCUGAGCCUGUUGACUGGCGCGCAGCCGCAGACUUUCCCACUGCCACCCGGUUUCGAGAACAUACCGGCGAUGAGUCUUCCCCCGCCUGACGAGGAGCCAUGGUCCGUUCUCCGUCCAGAAGGUGGCGGCAGCAGCAGCGACAGCAGUUCGCCUUCGUGGGACAGCCCCGGCGAGUCCGGCACGUUCGACGCCAUCUCGGCGCAGUCGGCAGCGUUCCAGCGGAUACGCUACGACGGUAAUCAUCUGCCUAUGCCUACAAACACGCUGCCCAAGUCUUCGGCGCCUUCGUCAUCGUCUCGCCGUGCAAAGCCAACCGGCGGCAGUGGACCACUAGCGGUCACGCCAAGCAACACUGAGCAGUUUGCUGCUGGCUUCUCGCCACCGGAGUUGACGUCACAGCAGGCAGGUGCACACGACGUGUGGCAUGAUGCAGUGCAGCGGACUGUAGCGCAGUCAAAGGAGUCGAGUUCACGGCAGUCGUCCUGGAUGCAUCCAAGUCCCAUGACGUCAGCAGCUCAUCCACCUUUCGGUUCGGUCCCAUCAGGUUCUUUGUUCAGUCGCCGUAGCUCGUCCCCCCAGGGAGUGCCUCAGAGCAGCUGGGCAACAAGUGACUUUGCGGCACCCCAGCCUAGUGAUGGCUGGGAUCGUGGAUCCUCAGGCUCCACUAACAUUGCCACGAGAGCGCAUGCUAGCUUCCAGCCUGUGGAGUCAACCUCUUUCUCUGCAAGGACUGAUGAGAUCCCGAGCGGAAUGCGAAGGGCAGUGCGCAGAUCAGUCGGUGCUGAGCAGAGCCCCAUUGACACUCCGUCGGCGUACUCUAAGAAAUUUGACACCAUUGCGCCAGAAAUCAAGGGUAUCUGGGGCAGCAAUGACGGCGGCUCUACUGCUUCCAAUGGAGCUUGUGCCAUGUCUCAUUCACCGACCUUGCCUCCCAUUGGCCUCAGCUUGGCUUUACCAGCAUCUCCGGCGAAGACAGCAGCAGCUGAGCAAAAACGUGUGAAGGCCUCACCGCCCGAGAAACUAUAUGAUCCCUUCAACAGCGGCAUAUGGGGCUUUUCACCUUCCUCAUUCUUCAAACCUCCCAGCGAUGAGUGAGCGUAUCUAUGCUACUGUAGCAUAUGCUUUCGCUAAAUGAUAAAUGUUUGUGUUGAGUGACAGCUCCACAGGAUUUAUACGCUUUGCACCUGGACCGUGGCAAUAUCCUAUUCCUUGGAAUUAUCUCUGCCUCUCUUUCUGGCUCUCUCUCUCUCUCUCUCUCUCUCUCUCUCUCUCUCUCUCUCUCUCUCUCUCUCUCUCUCAGCCUUAGGCGUUAUGUUUGUACGAAUUCUGUCUUUUGCUAGUAGUAGUUUUAAUACUUGAGGCCUGUCCCCUGGCUUGUCUUCGGGCGACAUUAGUUAGUGGCCGUUGUUUGUUUCUGGCUUGAUUGCCUGCUAGUUUGUAGCCGAUAGUUUUUUUCCCCCUCUUUAGAACGUCAAUGACCCCUGUCGUUGCCUCAUCUGUCAUUGUUUUUAAAGCAGCUCAUUGCUGCGUUGUUCUUUGUCGUUGGUCGACUUAUUUAUUGGCGCACGUGGCUACUCUGUGCUCACACUGGACUUUUUCUCCGUAGCUAAAAGCUAGCUUGCCCAGGUCUCUUCAUGGCAAUACGUGCACUCCGUUUUAUCCUGCCGCCGAGCCCUGGUGGCUGGUUGGGCGAGCCGCUGUUCAGGGCUUCUCUUCGUUACGUUUUUAACCAACUCGUGUUUCUCUCAUCUUUUUUCUUGUCGUGUCUUGCCGCGGCAGCAGUUUUCUGUGUCUGCAUUUGCAUAAUAUACAUGUAGGCUAGGUGUUCUGUGUAUCAGAAGUUUUCAUUGUGUCCACCCUGAAGCAAUCCACCACCCACCACCGACCGUGGUGUCAGUGUCUGAUUUUCAAUUAUUCUCGAUUCUGCCUUGUCUUCUAGGUUUGUGAUGGGGCAGCCCAGUCGGAUCUUUCAGAAUUUUAAAAAUAAACUCAUUUUGAUGAUCAUGA